CACAGACAACCGUCAUCCACCCGUUUCCAUCCAACAAGCCUCUUCUAUUAUACAUCACCAUCGCACCGGUUCUACACAUCUCGGAAGUAUCAGGGAUCCGAAUAAAAAUACCGCCUACAGACCCUCGAACUCGGUCGCGGCGCCUCGAUCUGCCCCUCAUGAAGCGUGUUUGGACAGUAGCGUCGCAAACUGGCCGAGCACUUUUUGAAGAGGUCUGCACCAGUCUACAGUAGGUGUUGAGAACUACACAAGAGCUGGGGAAUCAAAUACAGUCGCAUAGCCCGGCAUGGCUGCUGUCGUGGCAAAGCCGAUGGGCACUGCGACAAAGAUGAAGAAACCGCCCGCGCCGACGCUUCAGACAAAUGUCAACGGAAUGAGGCCCUCUGCACCUUCAUCCUCCCCCUCCAGCGCCAGAAAGACUCUUCCGGGCCAGAACCAGACCCCAACUUCUGCUGCCAGUAACAGCGCUGGGGUAAACGGCGUACCGAGACCGAACCGACGACUACAACGGCUGAACACGAGGAAUAGCACCAGUGAUGCCUCAGCUGUGGACAAGCGAGCCAUCAAGAAGUUCCCGGAGCCAUAUGUGCCCAAAGAGUCCCACAUCUUACGCAAAUUCAAAGGAUGUCCGCCUUCCCUCAUUGUACACCUACAUCCUACACAUUUCCGAUUUGAUCAGCAAGAAGGCAGUUUCAGCUAUCACUCCGAAAUGCGCAUCUUCAUCGAACAUCUGGCGCAAGGUACAAUACCGCAUGACAUGGUGGAAGAGUUUCGAAAGUCCGAGGUCAAAUACUACGACGGUUGGCUGAUAGUACGGGUCGUCGAUUACAAGUCUGUUGCGAAAGACGCUGCACAUGACGCCGCCUCCGCCGACGAGAAGCCUUUCAGUAUACACAACUACAACCAGUACAUCACUCCUUCACCGUACGUAGCGUAUCCGACGAAAGAGCAAUCUGUGGCAAGAUCACCGCCAACCAAAAGGGAACAUCGAGACUCGGUAUCGGGAGAGGUUCAUGGUCCCCUGAACUCAGACGACACCAUUGACGUGGGACCGAAGUCAACAAAGCCGCAACCAAAGGUCUAUCAUGUGGCGCUGCGACCCACCAUUCUGUCGAAGCAUAUGGAUCUGGUGAUAGAUGCCAUGACACCAGAUCCGAAGUCGGUCAAUCGGAAGCAGUCACAAGCCAACGCAAAUAGUCGAGCACUGGGAUCUGCAGCUCCUCAGACACCAAUGUCCGGAGUACCUCCCACACCUUCAGCAGAGAAAGGUCCACCAUUGAAAAAGCAGAAGCUAAAAAUCGACCCCAAGGAUGUGAUCGAUUAUGAGAGUCGAGUCGUGAAUGCGACUGCUCCUCCGUUGUUUCUGGAUCCUGUCGAUAGUCUAGAAGAAGCAGAGACAGUCUUGGAUAUGCUGAAGGAUCCUUAUCAUGAUGCCCGACCUCCGUCACCGAAGAGUCGGAAACGGACAGUUGCCGAACUUGCAGCUGAGGAUGCCCAUGCCAAGCAACAGGAGAAAUUUAUGCUUAUUAUGGAUGAGCGUACUUCUGGUGCAACAGGUGCUCCGAAUGCUGGCGCUGUGGAUGGCCAAGCUGCCGCCGCUCUGUUCCAACCACGCUUCGAGAAAUUCAACGCUUUGGAUAACAUUAAGAGAGAAAUCGCAGAGCGGAAACAGCGCGAAAAGGACCGACAGCUACAAGAAGACGAGAACAGAAGAGGCCAGCAAGAACGCAUGCAGGAGGAAGAGAAGAAACGCAUAAUGAUGCAACGAGCACAAGAGGCUCGCGCCAUCCGUGCACGUCAGCAAGAAAUGCAAGCAGCUCUAGCAGCCCAGCAGCAGCAACAAGCGGCACAAGCUGCUCAGAGACCACCUUCCCAACAAGUUAAUGGCAUACCCCCGAACAUGCAGAAUCAGAUCAUGGCUGCGCAGCAACGUGGCUCGCCCAUACUUCGACAAGGCACUCCACAUGCUGCAUCAUCUCCCGUGGUAACCAGUGCGCCCGCACAAGGUGGCCACCCCAUGGCCAUCUCGGGCUCUCAACAAGGCCACGGCUCUCCAGCUCGACCUGGCUCCGCUAUACAGCAUGCUCAUCCCAGUGCACCGAUGGCGAGAGUCGGUAGUGCGCAGGCACCGAGCCGUAAUGGCACUCCACAGCUGCCGCACGGCACACCUGCAGCUGGAAAUGCGACGCCAAUCAUGCGACAAGGUACUCCAGGACAGCACAUGAGCCAAGCCAGUCCCCAUAGCAGCAUGGUUGCUCCCACUCCACAGAUGAUGCCAGCCGGGAUGAUGCAAGGCAUGCAAGGUCAGAUGCCCAACGGGGUCCCGAGGCAACCAAAUCCGCAACAACUUGCGGAGAUGCAACGGCGACACGCCAUGCAACAACAAGCUGCAGCGCAACAAGCCGCUAUGCAACAACAAAUGAUGAACGGCACGCCGCAGAUGGCCCAGGCUCAAAUGGCACAUAUGCAAGCUCAACAUCACGCCCAGAUGGACCGACAAGCGGCCAUGCAACGCCAACAAGCCCAGCAACAGGCCAUGCAGCAAGGGACUCCCCAGAGCCAGCAUAUGUCUCCAGCGCCGCAACAGAGUCAGAAAGCAUACAAUCAAUCUGUGGCCGAGCACGUCAAAGCGCAGAUGCAAAGCCUUCAGUCUGGCCAGAGCUCCCCUGCUCCAAACCAGAUGACUCCACAGCAGCAAGCGGCACAGCUAGCUCACGCCCAACAACAGCAGCGCAUGAUGGCGGCCCAAGCUGCGCAGGCCCAGGCACAAGGCCAGAUGAUGGGUGGCGUGCCCCACCCUCAGCAACGACAACAGAUGAACCCGCAAUUACAACAGCUAUAUCAGACGACUCUGAACGCGUAUACACAACGCUUCCUUGGUCAAGCAGCCGCCAAGUACGGCGGAAACACGAAUAUGCUCCAGGCUGGCGAACUCCAGCAGGUUCAGAACCAAGCGAAGCAGGCUGCCAUGGCCGCCGUGCGCAAGCGGCAGGCUGACAUGAACCAGGUCCAAAUGCAGCAGGCGCAAAUGAGGCAGCAGGCUCAGCAAGGCGGUGGUGGUGGGAUGAAUAUGAACGGCAUGGCGAUGGGCAUGAACGUCAAUCCGAACAUGGCGGCGGCGUUGCAGCAGCAGCAAGCUCAACAAAUGCAGCAGAUGCAGAUGCAGCAUGCGCAACAAAUGAUGGCACAACAGCAACAGCAGCAGCAACAUCAGCAGCAGCAGGGCAUGCAGUUCCAGCACCAGCGAGGAUAGAGUCCUACCUCCUGUCCGAGUGAUGACUCGGAUGAAGAUGUUCCUUGGACGGUGACCCUGUAUACCCCGGAGGGGCUGAAGAUUGGACGCGAUGGAUUCGUAGACGCCGACCAGCCUAAGUUGCAAUUAGGUUCAGGAAGAUGUUGGGUUAAGGCGGGCAAAGGCAGGAAGACGUUGGGUUAAGUUGGGGGGUUAACUGCGUUGCUGGUUUUCGAGGCGUCUUGUGAUAUGGCGAAGGCGACCUACGACAUGACAUGAAUCAAUCGGAUUGGGCGGCAUAAUUUGGAGUUUUUAAUGUCCCGUCUGGGGUUUUGAUAGUGAUGAUAUGCCCGCACGAGUUUCCCAGGGUGGCCGUGCUUGGGGGUUUCUGGAAGCUUGAUAUUGGAAGCUCGGUCGACGCAAGGAUGUGGGAGAGUGAUUCCAGGAAAAGAUUAUCCCAGCGAAGCGUACCGCUCAGUUACCAGCGAAUGGGUUGGGAGAUAUUGCAUAGUUUGAAGAUCGGGACAGGGCGAGGGCGUGUAUGAUAGGGCCUCAGAAAAGUCAUGAUUGCCUUUUCUCAAUCGCCGGGUUCCUGUUUCUUGUCCGCACUGCAAAUUGGGUAUAUCAAAGGAGUCCGUCUACGGGAGAGUCUCCCACCUGUGGCCAAUCUAGUCUUGCA